AUGUCGUUAUACGCCUGUUAUUUUGGAGACAGUGUCGAGUUCCCAGAGACGGACCCUGCCAGGCGCUCGCCCUCCCCGCCCCCCGCACGCUCGCUGCACCGCCAAGUCAUCCUCGACGAGGACGACUACACCGCCGCCCUCUCGCACAUCAUCGCCCGCGACUUCUUCCCCUCGCUCGUCCACCUCGACGCCACCCACUCCUACCUCGACGCACUCCGCACGAACGACCACGAACUCAUCGGCGCCUCCGUCCGCCGCCUUGAGGCCCUCGCGACCCCCACGCCCGCCCACGCCCACGCCCACGCCCGCGCGCGCCCGUGGCAGACCCCGUCCGAGACGCCGUUCGGCGCCGCCGCGGGGCCCGCGGAUACGCCCCUCCCCGGUGGGCGCACCCCAUCGGCGUCGACGCCUCGGGGUGAGGGACCGAGCGCGGCGAAGCGCGCGCGGUACGACGGCGCGCUGUCGCUGGACGCCUUCCAGGCGCGGUACACGUCCGAGGACAACGCGAGCUUCACGCACCUGCUCGACGACGAAAACCGGCGGCGGAAGGAGCGCAACGCGUGGGCAUGGGAUGCGCAGCGGCGCGUGGAGGGCGUGCGGAGCAAGAUGGUUGAGGGGCGGGAGCGGAUGCUGCUUGAGCUGCCGGAGGGCGCGCGCGUGGGCGUGCGGGAGCGGAUUAGGAUCGAGGCGCCGGAGCCUAGGGGGUUGAUCGCCGCUGCGCCGGAGGGCGGGGACGAAGAAGCGGGCGGUGACGGAGAGGGGAAGGGCACGGUGGUGUUGAAGGGAAAGGAGAAGGCGGCGGAGGUGGAGACGGAGGUGGUCGAUGUGAUGGCGCCGAAGAAGGACACUCGGCCUGCCGCCGUCGACGGCUGGAGCUUCAAGGCGCGCAACGCGCUGAUGUUCCCACCCGACGCCGACGUCUUGCCGUACGACCCCUCGACCGCCGUCUCGAAGCCCAGCACGGAACCCGAUCCGCGGGUGAUCAAGCACUCGAACACACGUCUGCCCACACAGGAAGACUCGUCGUUCGCAGGGCUGCCUGUGCCCCCGAGCCCCACUCGCAGCCGCAUCGACGCCGCCAUCGCCGGCACGCCAUACCGUCCGAGAUCGCCUGGGAUCAACAACUUUUCAUACGUGCCCGCCUUGCCUUCGCCGACGCCCUCCGAGCUCGGCCCAGACGCCGUGAAGCAGCUCAUGACCAUGGGCACGCUGAUGGGCACGCCGCGCAUCCUCUCGCAGAGCGACGACCCCGCGGACACGUCCCUGCCACCGCCAAACACGCCGUUCCACAUCCGCGCGCCGACCUCGCGCGAGGCGCUCUCGCACAGGCUCUCCUCGGCCGCGUCGCGGUCGCUCCGCACCAAGGCGAACCUCAUGGGCUCUGCGCGUGCACGGGCGCCGGAGGCGGCGCUGGGAAGCGGGAAGAAGGGCGACAUGGGGCCGCCCUCGUGGACGCCGAGGCGCGCGGAUGCGGCAGGCGCGCUGACGCCUGCGGCGAAGAGGCUGCUGGACCGGUCGACGCUUGGGACGGCCGCGGCGAGGCGGGCAGAGGUGAUGGGGCGGAGAGCAGGGUGGGAGGGCACCGCGGCGAAAGAGAAAGAUCUGAACCGGGUGCGGUGGACGCCGACACCCAGUCCGGUGACGAGGCGAGGGUAGGGACCGUGGAGUCCGUGGGGGCGUCCUAUCAUUAGCAGUAGGAGUAUCAGUCGUGGAUGGCGUCUUGCUGUUUCGUCCAGAUUGCGAUGUGUUGCAUCAUCAUCUGAUAGGGCAAGGGAUAGAUACAUACAUGAUG